AGUCGCUAUAUAUGCGUCAAACGGAACAAAACCCUUUCUAGUAUUAGUUUCAGAAUACCAUGUACCGCGUUUCUGGUAUGCUGGCUUGUGGCAGACACAAGUCAGUUGACAACACACGACAAAAUGGAGCGGUUGGCUGGUUCCGGCGGUGUGGUACGUAUUGGACAUCUCCUGCCGAAUAACCCUAACAUUGCUCAUGAACCGGAAGUGUUGAAAAUGUGCGCUCAGGAUCUCAAGCAGCGGAAAAUUCUACCAAUCAACUACACGCUACAAGUAAUUACCAUGGAGAGUUGCAACAAGUAUUCUGGAGUGGAACACGCUGCUUAUCUACAUUACAUUAAAAACGCUACCAUCUACUUCGGUCCUGGAUGUAAUAAUGGUGAGUUCUACGUUUUUUGGAGGCCAUUACUUAAUAGAGCUCAGUAUAGCAUCUACGGUGAAUGA